AUUAUCCUCCAGAUUUUCCUUCUGCAGGCGACCCCAUUAUCAAACUAGGCUACUCCGUAGUGGCGAAGAGAAUAAGUCCACAUUUCACAUCGCUAGGGGGAGUGAUAUUGAGCUUUUGAAGUUUCCUGGCUUGAAUAAUAACUUGACUGAGGCAACUCAGCCUUUGACGAGUUGUCAUUAUGUUGGCCGUUCUUCAAUCAAUAAACAGCAUUCAUUGUCGUUUGAGCUUCUAGCACGCCGUCCUUGUGUGUCGAUGCUUGUGGCAUCAGCCUUCUAACGUGCAUGGGAGGUCUGGCAUUAUAUCAUGACGCAUCUCAACGAUCGUCAUACCCGUACUACUAGCUCUCCCGCUAAUAUGGGUUCCUGUGAAAUCCCACCAAACGUUCAUCCGCUUUCGAUUCAGUUUUGUCUGGAAAAUUCUGACCAUGUCAAUUGCGCCACCAAUCUGUCCCCUUCAACUACAUCUCUACUCACCACGCUUCAAUAUGCGAAUGUGCAGCCUAUUACCGAGCAACAGGAAACGACGGCUACGCGUUCUGGAGAGAGGCCAGGCAUCAUGAAACCACGCAUUGACACCAUAUCUCCAGAACAGCUCGCCUUUCCUGCCAUACAAUUCCUUCCUAUACCUCUACUUCUAUUAAGUGGCUCAAGGACCAUUGUCUUCACAAAUGCAGCUACAAGAAGAUUAUUGGGUCUAGUUGAAGAGCACCAUAUCCAUCAUGAAGACCCAUGUUUUGAUACUGAUAUUUUGCAGGGGAAAACCCUAGCACAGAUCGGCGUUGAAAUCUUAAGUAAUAGUAAUUCUAUCAAACCAUCAUGGGACUCUUUUUUGGAUGGUGUUACGAACAAAAGGGAACAUAUGCCUGCAACUCAACCUUUCGCAUGUGAUGUCAACCACCUCCAGGGAAGUCUACGUUCAGUACUGGGGGGCGAUCCAAGUGCAGUUACAUCAAAUUCCACAAUCGACGUUAAGAUCACCUCCUCCAGCGACAUCCCCUCCAAGACGACUACAGAGACCCGCCAUCCCGACUUCCAAACCACUGCUAAGGUGGCCAUUACAGCAUGGGUUAUGAAAAACUCCCAGACUUAUUAUAUGUUGACUUUCAACGACAUAAAUCGGAAGACAGUGUUGGCUACAGAUUCCCCCGCUUCCCGUUUGUCUUCCGAGGCUUCGCAUGAGGAAGAAUCUACGGCCUACAAGCAACUUACAGUUAAGCCGCGAGCUCAAAACUUGCAUACGAACUCUCCAAGCCCGUCUCCCUCUCCAGCUAUUGCUACUGCUUCUGAUUUUCUAGAAUCCAGUACGCCCUCGUCUCUUCAAAAGGUUGCUAUCAUCAAAGAUGCUCUCCUCGAUAACGCAGAAAUGCCUAUCUUGGCUAUGUGGAAAGACGGCAGUGCGCCUGUUUGCAAUAGGUCUGCUAGAGAGCUCUUCAAACCUUCCUACUGUGUAAAUGGCAACGAUAGGUACAAUUUGCUCCCGAGCUUAGAUGUCUGGAAUGAAGACUUUACCCGAAUACUCGACCCCUCCGAAUUCCCAACUACCGUUUUAUUACGAGAGCAGAAACCAUUCUCAGGGCGUCGAAUCGGAGUGUAUCAUAGCGAUACUGGUAAAAGGGUAGUCUACGAUGUGCUAGGCGAGCUGUUAAAGGAUAAUGAGAUGGGUGAUAUAAUUGGAGGUGUUGUGACCUGCCGUGACGUUACAUACAUGGCCCAGGAGAUUACCAAGAUCAAGAAGGCAGACGAAGAGCGGUUUAAACUCAUUUGCGAUACAAUGCCCCAGAUGGUGUGGACUGCAAACCCCGACGGAAUGCACGAUUUCUACAACAAGAGAUGGUACGACUUCACCUGCCUUACUCACGAAGACUCUCUUGGCUUGGGUUGGCAGCUACCCUUCCACCCUGAUGAUAUGGCCGUGAGCAUAAAAAAAUGGAACCAUAGCUUGGAGACUGGUGAACCAUACGGAACAGAGUACCGGUGCCUAAACAAAGACGGAGAAUGGAGAUGGAUGCUCGGGCGUGCUUUGCCACUCAAGGAAAAGACCGGGAAGAUUGUGAAAUGGUUUGGGACAUGCACUGAUGUCCAUGAGACAAUGAAGGCGAAAUUGGAAGCAAAGCAAUCUCGAAAGCAUCUUCUAAGCGUCUUAACAGACGCACAGACAACUAUUUUCUCCGUCGAUUGCGAUCGAAACAUUACUAUGUUGGAAGGAGCUCUCAUACGGAACGAGGGUUACAAUAGUCCAGCUGACAAAAUUCCCAACCACGAUUCGAAGAAGUAUAUCGGACGAAAUGUUGAUGAAGUGUUCAAGGACCUCGGCGUAUCGGCGCACAAGGAAGAGACAUCGGCAUUUCUCAAACCUGUCGAUGAUAUUCUAGCUGGCAGGAAGCGGAGUGAUACAGUCCGAGAGCAUGAAAUAGACCGGCAUUUCUACAAGACGAGGUUUAUGCCUAUAAUUGGGACCAACACCGAAUCCAGUGACUCAAGUCAUACGAUCGUUGAGGGCGCCAUAGGUGUUAUUAUGAAUGUGACAGAGCUGAAAGAGCGGGAACAAGCAGUAGAGGUUCACGUUCGUGAGAAGAGGCAAUAUAUGGCUAAGGAAGCAGCAGCCAAAGAAGCUAGUCGGCUUAAAAGCCAAUUCCUGGCUAAUAUGUCUCACGAAAUCCGCACCCCGAUUACCGGUGUCAUCGGAAUGACUGAAUUGCUUCUCGAUACGGCAUUGAAUGAUGAACAGCUAGAGUAUGCUGAGAAUAUCCGCCGUUCUGCUGAUGCAUUGCUCGGUAUCAUCAAUGAUAUAUUGGAUUUCUCCAAGAUCGAAUCUGGACGCUUAGAUAUUGAAGAGGUUCAAUUUUCUGUAUCUUUGAUUGUCCAGGACGUUAUUAAAAUGCUUAAAUUUACCGCGGAGAGGAAGAAUCUGGAUUUCAGCUUGGUUAUCUCACCGGACAUCAACGAUGAUCUCAUGCUUCUUGGUGACCCCGGUCGUAUCCGUCAGGUCGUUACAAAUCUUCUUACCAAUAGCAUCAAAUUCACAAGUACCGGAUUCGUCAGGCUUUCCGUAUCGACGCAGAAUGAGACCAACGAGACUCUCGAAAUCAAAUUCACUGUUGAAGACUCGGGAAUCGGCAUUCCGCCCGAGGUGCAAAAGCGACUUUUUCAGCCAUUUAGCCAAGGAGAUCCAUCUACAGGAAGGAAAUUUGGUGGUUCGGGGUUGGGUCUCACUAUAUCAAAAAAUCUGCUUGGUCUUAUGAAAGGCAAGAUCCAGCUGAAGUCAGGUGUGGGAAAAGGAACUAUUGUAACAUUUUCGAUACCAUUCGCAAAGCCUCGAUCGACCGACGACUCUUCACCCAUGGAUACCUGUUCACUUCCUCGUCGAUUGCAGAACGAAAUGAGUAUUCCCUGCAACAGCUCAAACCGGGGGAAUCAACCUUCUCCCAAUUCUUCUACGGAUAAUCUUCACUGUAGGCAAUCUUCUGGAAAUUAUGUUUUGUCAUCAACUCCCGAAUACGAUGGAGACGAAAUGUCUAUGGCAGAUCGCUCUAACAUCUUUGUUCUGGUCGUCGAGGAUAAUGCCAUCAACCAGCAGAUUGCCUUGAAAAAAAUUGUAAAGCUAGGAUUCAAGGCAAGUGCUGUUUGGAAUGGACAAGAAGCACUCGAUUAUAUUAAGGAUAGUCGGGAUGGAAAGCGCCCUAAACCUGACAUCAUUCUCAUGGAUGUCCAGAUGCCGGUCAUCGACGGCUACAAAUGUACGCAUCUCUUACGGCACGACACGGCAUACAAAGACCUAGCGAGGGACGUACCUAUCGUAGCCAUGACAGCUUCAGCAAUUCAGGGUGACCAGGAGAAGUGUGCGAAAGCGGGUAUGGAUGACUAUUUAUCGAAACCAGUUAAUUCUAACACUUUGGUAUGUAAGCUCCUGAUCCAGCAACUCAGGCACCACCAUCUAUGUAUUUCUAAAAGGUAUGUGAGAAGGAACUGGACUAACACGCUUUGAUUUGGCAGGAGAGGAUGCUGGUGCGAUGGAGCAAGAAUAACCGGAAACACCUUUUCAGCCCAACGUCAUCUACUCUAUCGCUAUCAGACGGUUCGGAAUCACCAUAUCACGGUUCGGAAUCGGAUAGCCCAAACGAAUCCCAGUUCCACAUUAACCAAGUAAAUCGAAGCAAGACUUCCGAGGACAACAGGGAUCUCGGUAGGGAAAUCUUUGACGCUUUGCUGACGCCUAAGGCUUCAGAUCAGCCCGAGUCCUACCAUUCCUUUUGAUAUAUCCGUCGAAGCGACGACAAAAACAAUGCGAGCCCACUACUCACGACAAUUGCCAACGUCUCUAGCAAAUCUUCGCUACCCUACCAAAACCAUCGCACAAGGGGCAGCACGAACAAAACUCGAGAUUUUCAGCAAUCUCUUAAUUAUUUUUAAUUGGGGUUGAAGCCUGGCUGGGCAAUUGAUCCUUCAGACAUCAUAGUACAGUUAAGCCGUUCUCAUGAUUUUGAUUAACGAUGUAUACAUAUAUGCAUGGGGAAAGCGUCUUCGAAUAUUGUAUUGAUUAACGAUUACUUACGAGAUCCAGGAAAAUAGGAUGGAAUCAACGCAUUUUAGAUACUUUAUGUAUUAAAUAAACUAGAGCUCAAAGUCAAGC